GAGCAGGGCCUUCUUGGGGAGGCUCAAUGGAAUGAGAGAAAAGAAAGAGACGCCGAGGAGGCGAAAAAGAGAAAAUGGCAUAAUUCGGGGCCGCCCGAGCAAGCACGGAAGAAUCACCACGGUGGGGGUGGGGGUACGUUCAAGGCGCCGGCACCACCGGCGAAGAAGAACAAGGAUGCUCGGUGGCACGCAUCCUCCUCUCAAAAUACGGGGCCUCCUAAGUGUGCCAACUGUUCAAAGAACCACUUCGGGAAGUGCAACGCACCCCCGAGGUGUUAUCGGUGUGGGAACACGGGCCACAUGAAGGCCAAUUGCCCACAAUUGGGGGGAGGAGGAGCUCCGGGAUCCGGAGGAGGAACCAUGACGGGAAGAAACCGUGCGGGCCCGUCAAACGGCGGUACGGGAAGAGGCAACCCAUCCACAAGUCAUGCCGCGUCCGUAAACCAAGGCGGGACCCAAGCACGAGUCUACGCGAUGACCGAGGCGGAUGCGAGAGCAAACCCGGACUCCGUUGCAGGUUGAAGCUAGGGCUUGCUACUUGCACCUUCUCACGGGUGGUAUCAAAUCAGGAAGACGUGGUUCGUGCUUCCUUAUUUUCUUUCAAACUACCGAACACUUGCUCAUGGAUAUUUGUUCUACUAUAAACUAUUUUUGGGGCUUGCAUGCCCAUGUUGUUGGCCGGUUGUGGCCUAUGACUUACCGUUGAAUAUUUUCCGCUAUUCAUUGGU